AACAGACAGUAAAUUGAAAAAGUAACAUAACGUGUUCAUAGAUUCCAUAUCUCAAUAUCAUGUGCAAACGGUAAAUUUGUUCAAAACUUUUAAUACGUGAUAGUAGUAGGAACGAUAAACGAUCAGAAAAUUGUCCAGCAAGAUAUAUGCCCGUUUAGUUUUCGCGAUAUCCGGCGGAUAUAAGUCGUUAGCCAUCUUGAUUAGCAAUAUUUCGGCGCUCGGCCAUUUUUGUUGCGUCGACGUCAAGUGUGGCCAGAGGCCUUUUAUCCGUAGCCAGUCAUCGAAUUUCCUUUGUAACGAAGUAGCGACAGCCAGUGAUCGUGAUACCUGACUACUUGGCUUGGUCGACAAAGUUUUGUUUGUACAUCAGCGAGGGACGAAUUGUAGACAAGAGGAGACGAACAAUUGAAAUUUUUUUGCUCACUGAUUGCCCAGGCGAGUGUUAGCUAAAGAGCUUCUGCGGCAGAGCCACGAAAAAUACGCACCGAGGCGGAGUAAUAUGAGUAAUGCACCCAACCAGAAUGGAUCAGGUCUAGAGCAGCAGUUAGCUGGUCUGGACUUGCAGGGCUCCCGCCAACCAAGUGGGGGUCGCUACGUACCACCGCAUUUACGAAAUAAAUCUGGAAGUAACACGUCUUCUAGCGGGGAAUACCAGGCUUCAUCCAACUCAAGACCAUUUUCCGACAGAGACAGAGGUGGAGAUCGCGAGAGGGACAGGGAGAGGGAUCAUGAUAGGGGUCGAGGUGGUUCCUCAGGCUACAACAGAGACGCGCGGUCUCGUGAUGUCGAUUUUGGAAACUUCGGCAAUUUCGGUGGACGAAACAGACGUAGCGCUAAUCAGGAAAAUGGAAGAGAUUUCAGAUACCCGAAUUCCGAUCGCGAACGAGAGCGCGAUCGUCCGGUUAGCUCCGGAAACGAUCGCUGGCAAGAGCCUAAAAACGAACGUUGGCCAGAAAACAGAAAUGAACACAGAAUGGGUGGUGGUGGUGGUGGUGCUGGACGAUGGAAGGACGAUAGAGAUGGAGGUAGAAGAAACUCUGAGAUUGACUGGACAGUUCCCACUUCCAGAAACGAACGACUGGAGAUGGAGUUGUUUGGUACUGGGAAUACUGGCAUUAACUUUAGUAAAUAUGAGGAUAUCCCAGUUGAGGCUACUGGAGAUAACAUACCUCCACACAUCACAUCUUUUGACGAUGUUAAGCUGACGGAGAUAAUAAAGAAUAGUAUUGCUUUAGCCGGUUACGAUAAACCCACGCCAGUGCAAAAGUAUGCGAUACCGAUCAUUAUCGGGCGCCGUGAUGUUAUGGCCUGUGCCCAAACAGGGUCUGGUAAAACAGCGGCCUUUUUAGUGCCAAUAUUAAAUCAGAUUUAUGAGAGCGGACCACGUUCACCGCCAGUAGGCAGUUCCGGCAAACGUAAACAAUAUCCGUUGGGCUUGGUGUUAGCACCCACGAGAGAACUCGCCACGCAGAUAUAUGACGAAGCUCGAAAGUUUGCAUACAGAUCACGUAUGCGUCCUGCCGUUGUGUAUGGUGGUUCGUGCAUGGGGGAUCAGAUACGAGAGUUAGACCGCGGCUGUCAUCUUCUAGUAGCAACACCCGGUCGUCUUGUUGACAUGUUAAAACGAGACAAAAUUGGGCUACACAAUUGCCGGUAUUUAGUACUGGAUGAAGCAGAUCGUAUGUUGGAUAUGGGUUUCGAGCCACAAAUAAGACGCAUAGUCCAAGAGGAUAUGAUGCCUCCAACCGGGGAAAGACAGACUCUCAUGUUUUCGGCUACGUUCCCGAAAGAAAUUCAAAUGUUGGCAAGAGACUUCCUCAGCAACUACAUCUUUUUAGCUGUAGGCCGUGUCGGUUCUACAUCUGAAAAUAUCACUCAGAAAAUUGUAUGGGUGGAAGAACAGGAGAAGCGAUCUUAUUUGCUUGAUCUUCUUCAAGCUAGCAACUUCACAGAUCCUUCUGCUGAAUCAUUGACUUUGGUCUUUGUGGAAACCAAGAAAGGUGCAGAUACACUGGAAGAUUAUCUAGGCAAAAUGGGAUAUCCAGUUACUAGCAUUCAUGGUGAUCGAACACAGCGCGAACGAGAAGAGGCCUUACGUCGUUUCCGUGCUGGUAUAGCACCAAUACUUGUUGCCACGGCUGUUGCUGCCCGUGGACUUGACAUCCCUCACGUGAAGCACGUUAUCAACUUUGACUUACCUGGUGAUGUGGAAGAGUACGUCCACAGAAUCGGCCGUACUGGUCGUAUGGGCAAUCUAGGCUUAGCAACAUCAUUCUUCAACCACAAGAAUCACAAUUUAGUACGUGAUUUGGUGUCUCUCUUAAUCGAAGCCAAUCAAGAACUUCCACCUUGGUUAGACGAAAUGUUCUCUGAAGCAAAAUACUCUGGAGGCGGAUCUCGUCGAACUGCUAGUACAAAAGGAGGCCGCUUCAGUGGCGGAUUUGGUGCAAGAGAUUAUCGCCAGACACCCAGCUCUGGAUCUGCUCGUAAUAAUGGUUCCUCCAGGCCUGGCAGUUAUGGAGGAAGUUACGGAGGUAAUUAUAAUUCAUCGUAUAAUAAUUCUGCUAACAACGGCAGCAAUGAUUAUUCUGAUUGGUGGAACAACAAAUAAUCAUCAUCUCUAUUUCCACUUUUACCAUUAAUACUACUGUACACGUAAAUUCGAAUAUAUGUAAGAAAGACACGUACGACAUACACCGAAUACAACACGCACGUAUCUACGCGCGUAUACGUAUACACAAGAAGAAAAGACAGUAUCACGUAUAAACAAAUCACGUUCGCUGACUGCCUGUGCACUACAAUUUUCAAACUAAAAAAUGUGUUUAUUCAAUUCCAUAAAAAGAACAAAAAAAUACUUUUAUUCGCGUGCGACGGAACACAAUACGACAAAUCCUAAGUGCAAUCUCAGCAAUUAAAGAGCGCUAAGAGAAAUCGUACGAUUCGAAAAGAAUCGAGGUGUUUAAAAACCAGGAUUUGUUAGGUAAUAGACAAAAACUGAUGUAAGAUCCAUCCAAAUGGUUUCGUUGCCGUGCGUGUUGAAAAACGCAAGUAGUAUAAUCACUAAUGAAUCAAAUCAAGCAAUCGUUAAUGUCUAGUUAGGGCAUAUAACGAUAAUGACACAUAGUAGGUGAAGAAACUUAGUGAAAUUUUUUAGAACUCCUGUCGAGACUAUGGGGCUCGUGGCUUCAUUAUUUAAAUUUUUCAAGGACGUAUGGUGGGCGUAUCGUGAGUUGCGGCGUCUAGAUUCGAGUAUAAUAUCAUAGAGCUUUAAAAAUGCACAAGUGCUUUUAUUAUUCUUGCCUGAAUGGCCAGUAACUUGUGUAGUUUGAUUUAAACUAAUACCGCUGUUUAUUCUCUUAUCUUUUUGUUCUCUUUUUUAUCGCAUAUGCAUAUAGACAUGUAGGUAUAUUUGACUAGGCGCUAAAGAUACGCCGAAAUCGCCAUCGCCAUGGAUUUCGUCACGACUCCUGUUUUAAAUUUACUAUUACAUAGUCCAGCGACGAAUGGUACUUUGUUGUUUUGCCGUCCCCAGACACAGACGACGUUGCGCCGGCAAUAUCAUGGUUUAAUCGACUAAAAAAAUGGUAUAAAGUGCCCAAUAGUUGAGAACUUUGAUAUUAUGAAUAGGAGACAGGCUGCGUCUUUAAGAUACUUUUAGAAAUCCCGUUUAUAUAUUUUUAUCAUGUCCCUAUUAUAAUAUAAUUAGUGAGUUUACGAAAAAGUCCGAGAUUGUAAACUUAUUGCUUAUGUAUAACUCUUAAUUUGAAAAGAUUAUUUUACUUAAAAACAGAAUGUUUUUGGUCACUAUAUUUAAAACAGGCUGAAACAUUUCAGUCAGUAUCAGGUAUAAUCGUACCUGAUUUUUGACAUACUAUGAUUAGUAUUUCUAAAUGUAACGAAGACGUUGUCCUGUAAAACUGGUAUGGUGCGUAAUAAAAAAAUCUUAGGUCGCAGUACUGAAUGCGAGUGCUCUAGAACGAGAAAGCUUAGGUACAAUUAAAGAAAAACAGAAAAAACGGGUAAAAAUAUACGGUUGCAGUUACAGAGGGGAACUUCAAAGAGAGACAAAAAAAGAGCGAAGAUACAUACAGUGUUAGUUGGCUCAAUCUUUAUCGAGGCGAGAAUAAGAAGAAAAAAAACUAUACAAAAAUGCAAGCCCUUUGAAACAAGGUGGCAUAAAAGGCGCACUCAUAUUUUAUAACUGUAUUUAUCAGUACGAUACGCUAUAUAUAUAAAUAUACAUACUAAGUAAUAUUCGUAAAUACAUAAACAAUUAAAAUAAUUGAAAAACGACUGUGAUAUCGAACGAUCUUGUGACAUUCAAUUUCCAUGCGAAUUGAUAAAUGAACAAUUUAACGAAAUACAAAUAUUAAAUGUAUUAAUUAAUUGGUAUUGAAUGUCAGGAAAAGCAUUGUGCUCAUAUUUAUUUGAGCCGUGGAUGGGAAUACAAAGUCGUUAAAAUGAUGAACAUAAAAUAACAUCAAGAAACAACGUGGCUGUUGUCCGAUCGGGGAGGGCUGAACGCUAGCUCUUACAGUCCUCAAAAAACACGUUUUUUGAGGCAUUGUUUCUACUUAAAAGUAAAAACGCGAUUAAAAUAAUAGAGUAAUAACAGCGAAACGCGUCAUUACUGGUUGAUGAUGAUGUUGGUAGGGCUUUAUAGAUAUUGUCGGAUAUCUUUUGUGCAAACGUGUCGAAUUCUUACCUAAUCUAUUGUGAGAAAAAGUACAAAUUCAAUUUGCGUGACAACUGACAGGAUUUUUAGACAUGUCAUACUUAUACCUGUUAUAUUAAUAGAUUUAAUAGUGCAAUCGCGUGCGUGAAUCGUAUGCCGUGUGACCGUGGACCAAGGUGUGAAUGGCCUCUUUGAGGAAGAGGAGAUGGAGAUAAAAAAAUAAUUAUUUCAGACUAGAAACUUUCAAAUAGCGUUGUAUGAAUAGAUAAUUGUUGGCUUCCGACUAUGGUGCGCGUGGUUUCGAAUUCUAUAAUACAAUUGAUUUACAUUAUCGUCGAGUCCGUUCGUCAACUCCGAGGCCCUGCCAAGAACAUUAACUAGAAAGAAAGGAUUCACAACGAGAAAGGAGUGAUCGAUCACAUUUUCGUUAUAAAUGUAUAAUAUAGUGUACAACUUUUACGGCACACUUGUUCAAUCGGACCUUAGUCUCUCUAGAAGAGAACAGAGAGAUCAUGCCGUAAUCGAUACUACUACUAUUAUUACGAUAUUUGUAUAUCGAUGAUUGUAUCACUGUCACUAAUUAUUCUUAUUUUCUAUUUCAUUCUGUCAAUGAUAGAAUCGCUAUGUCGAUUUCGUAUGUGCGAAUCUUACUAGAACAGAUUUGCUAUAUUUGUGUUGCGUUAUUUUAUAGCGAUAAGAGAAAUGAAUUGAUAGCUUUUGGGCAGUACUAUCUCAAAUAUUGUUUUUCAUUCAUGUAAAAGAAUUAUCCAAAUGUUUAGAUUGAUAUAGAACUCGAUACCUUGGAAACUCUUAUUGAGAUCACAUAGGAUUUUUUGUUUGGUGUUUGCAGUAUUUGGAAAUUUUGUAAUAGAAUCAAUUUCGCUGGCUGAUCUUCUUUUUAUACAUAUUACUUUAUAUUGUACUGUCCAAUCGUUCACUCAGGCAACGAAAUAAGUACAUAUGUAUGACGCGUCGGAAUUUAAGUUAUCGCAUUUGAAGGUAAUACGUUCAUUUACGAUUAAUGUGGUGGACGAAGAUUAUGCAAUAGACGAGAGAAUAUUUUCAUGAUUGUUUCUUCUCCUAAUGGUAAUAAUAUUUUUAUACAUACCAGUGAUGUUGAUCCUCAAUUAAUCGCAGUGCGCAAUGCGUACUAUAUUUCUUUGAUCAUUUUUUUUUCUCUGUUCUCUAUAUUAUGCACCAGCAGGUGUUCGAGUAUUUCGAUCGAAUUUAAUCUAACAUGUAGCUAUCGUUGUAUGUUUCAUAUUUAAGAAAAAAGGAAAGAAACAAAAAUUGUUAAAUGUUUAUGCGAUAGUCAGAUGUCCACCGUUUCGUAAUUGGUAAACUCUAAAUAAAUUCAAGUACGGUAUUAUGAUUUAGAAAUCUAAGCAUCUUUAGAGGAAAUAGAAGAACAGCGUACUAAACGAUAACUAUUUAUUAACGUAUUAAGUAUUUAUUUUGUAUGUUAUUUGUCUCGGAGAAACAGUGCACGUAUUUAUAAAAUAUAAAUACCUUUGAAAUAAUUGUUUGGUCCUCUAAAGUAUAUCGGACGAGCAGCCUUAGAAAAAAUUUUGCGAUCUGCAUUGAGUGAAGAAUGAUCGAACAAAGAUCAAUUACAAGUGCAGUGCGUAAAGGAACGAGAGAAGAGGGGCUACGAAUAGUAAUCAUUGCAUAUUAUUGUAAACAAAAAAAAGGUGGCGUUUGACUGUGACUGCAAUCAUUAUUACGAAAAGAAUGCGCUAUUACAAAGCACACACACAAGAGAAAGAAAGAGCGAGAGAGGAGACAGUGUGCCUGUGCGUGUGUAUGAGAGAGAGAAAUAUUUUAAUCAUGUAAAACAGGCAACAGAAUCGAAACGGCGCACGUACAAACCGUUGCCGAAUACAAUUUUAUUGUUGCCGCGUGCUGUAGACCGUAGUAUUCUUUCUUUAUUUUUUUACGUUAGGCAGAUCCGAAAAAAUUUACAGAUUAAAUGGUAUUGUUUCAUCAUCGCUCUUGGCGAGAAGGUAAAACAAAAUUUUUAUGUACACAUUUUAUUGUAGCGUCCACUUCGAGCAGUUUUUUGUUUAAAGUAAAUGAAAAAGCAAACAACGUGAAACGCUAAUACUCAGAGAAUGAAGAAGCAAGUAAAUCCAUUGAGUUUCGUAAGCGCGCGUGGUAUGCAUGAGAGGGGAAGCGUAUGAGAAAUGAAAUAUGAAAGAGAGCACACGCGUAGAUUGAAAGAAAUUCGCGGGCAAGAAAAACUAGGUGGGAUGGCAAAAAAGUCUUCUAACUUUUACGAAUGUUAUUUAUCCAAGAAGCGUCGCUUGUCGUUGAAUCGAAAACGCAGACGAGAUAAGUACUACGUGUACACACAUGCGUGUACGAAAAACGAAACAAACAGUUAAGAAUGAAAGCAAGGCGAUUUAUGGUCGCGCUUUCUAGACGAGUCUCAGUGGCUGUGUUUCAUCUUUCUACGGCGAAUGACGCAUGUCGUAUCAUUCACUUGUAACUCUAAUGAUACUGCUAUAUAUCUACUUCACUGAGAUGGCGAGCAAAUGGCAAAAAAAGUGUGAACGAUUAUAAAAACAAACAGAAAAUACCGAACCGGUGAACGUACCAUUCUGUCGGUCUCGUAAUUAGUAAUUGCACAUUUACACGCUACAUUAGGUGAACUGAAAAAACUAUGAGAAGUAGGAAAAAAUCUGCAAACAACUGUACGUCGUACGGCUAUUGAACGAAGUAAUAAAGAUAAAUGUCUGAAAUUGAAAAAAGAGGGGAAGUCAACUUUACCUUAUAAAGUGUGUACGAUAUAUACAUAUACAUUUAAGCAUAUAUUAUAUGCAUACGUAUAUACAUGAAAUGUAUACACUUGUUCAUUAGCAAUAAGUUUAUCGGUCGCAUAUUGUGAAAAGCAUGCGCGUCUCUUGUGCUUAGGUAAAAGAAAAAAACAAAAAAAAGUAACAUGUGUGUUCCGUGAAGAUGAUGUAGAGUGUCAAUAUUGUUACAAAUACCUCAUAAAAGACGAUGGAUCACAUAUAUUAUUUAAAUAUUCGUUCAUUUAGUGAUUCAUUCGUUUAUUUAUAGUAUUAUGCAAAAAGUGACAGGAUAAUUCUAUAAAAUGAAUCGUAUAUAAUAAAGAAGAAAAGGAUUAAAAAGAUUA